GGUGUUCCGCUACGGACGUGAGGACGAGGAGGUGAUGGGGCUGACGUUCUCCAACAUCAUCAUCCUGCAGACGCAGCAGCUGCACCCGAUGAAGGAGUCCCCACAGACGGACGGGCCGCCGCGAUCCACACUGCAGAAGACGAUCGAGCGCCACCUGUCUGCCUGCGGCGUGGCGCACGCGUUCCAGUUCCAGGUCUCCUCGUGCGCGCCGCCCUCGGUCUCGCUGUACCCGGCCAAAUCGUACACCGGCGCGCCGCUCGGAACAUCCUACGAGGUGCACUUCUUCGCAGGCGGGGCGCCGCCUGCUGACACCCACCUGCUGCCCGCAGGCAAGGCGCAGUCGGAGAAGCCGCUACGGCGCGCCUCCGUGCGCAUGACGGUGCGGCUGUGCCAGCUGCCGCCGCCCUCCUGCGGCCCGGCGCCGCGCAACGCCGUGCUGAAGCAGUUCCUGCUGAGCGGCGGCCGCGUCCACCUCGAGGUAUCCCUCCAGAAGGAGGUGUUCGUGCAGGAGCAGAGCAUCGCCUUCCGGGUGUUCGUCAACAACGGCUGCAAGAGAACCGUCCGGAAAAUCAAGGCGGAGGUCGUCCAGGCAGUGGACGUCGCCAUGUUCAAGUCCGGCAAGUUCAAGUCGGUCGUGGCCUCCGUGGAAACUACUGAGGGCUGUCCGGUGGUCACCGACGCCACCCUGGUGCGCGACUUCGAGCUGGAGCCGCGCGUUGGCUCCUUCAAGAACUGGAUCGCACUGGAGGACAGCCCGGAGCGCGGCGGACGCCUCUCGCCCUCGGUGGUCGAGAGCGCCGUCGACUGGAGCAAUUUCGCCGUGCACGUCUCCUACUACGUCAAGGUGAAGCUGCUGCUGUCGGGUGUCGGAGGCGGCGUCAGCGUGCGCGUGCCCUUCAUCAGCGUCCGGGAGACGGCCGCCGAGCCGGAGACGGAGGCGGCCGAGAAGGCGCCCGACAAGGCGCCGCCGCCGGCCGCCGACUCCAACGGCGACACCCAGGAGAUUGUGGCCGCCGACGUGCACGCUACGAAGGCGGAGGGUGCCGCGGACGCAGGGCACGAGCCGGCGCAGAACAAUAACGUGCAGUUGGACGAGAACGGAAAGGUGUUUGUGCGGCAGGAGAGCUGUGCGCGGAGCAGUGACGUGUAGUGAGGGGGAGAUGCGAGGGAGAUGACGUACCGCGCGGCGGCGAGGACGCUGGGGACGCUGGACAGUGCUCGCAGUUGGACGCGAAGGAGAGCUGUGGACGUAACCACGAUUCGUGUGCGCCCACGUGCGUUUGCGUGCAUUUGAGUGCGUCCACGUAUUUCACGUGCUUAUCCGAGUGACAGUAGCCGUUGUCUGCCACGUCUGUUGGACGUGACAAGCUGUCGAUCUCCCUCGCCCGACCGCCUCCGCCUAAAUGCUGUCCGCCUGACCGUCUCGGGCGGGCCGUCUCUGGUCGCAGGGGAUGAAUGUACCUAUAUGUACAGGAACGCGGAACAGCUCAAAGGACUAGGCCCAGGGAUGAAAAGCAAUUAGUGUAAACAAUGCGAGGUCAUCCGAUCUGCCGGACAGUGGAUGGUCACCGUCAGAUGUGAAGGCAUGCAUAAGUUGUUGAAACUUGAUAGUUGUGUUGUGAGAGAAUUCAUUUUUUUUUUCUAAUCUACGAAAUCUUCCUGAAAUGCGCUUACUUUCCACCGCAUUGCACACAAAGCGUAAAGUACAGGUUUAAUGAUCUAUGCGUAGGUUCCUACAAUAGUUUCUUUUCGCGAAGUCGAAUUUGGCACCAUCUUGGAUCUCGAAUUAGGGACCGUGACCUGGGGUGCCAGAGGUUUUUAAGUUACGUAUCAUCGUCCAUUUAACCGUUAAUCUCAUGCUGUUUUGCUAUUUGUAACACUACUUACCGAACCAUUGAUCAAAUAAUAAUUAUACAUGCUUAUAUGACGCGAAUUAAAGCUGGGCCACGCUACUGACAAUAUGAAAUGUGCUGACCGCCUUCCUUCUGUUUACGUGUCUCCGUUUCGCUAAACAUUCUUUGUUUUGUCUGCUCGCACCAGAAACUAUUUUAUACUUGCAGAGACUAGGGUACUCAUGAAUGUAUGUGUGUUCUGCCCCUCACUCUGGUCAGAUCACUAGCAGGGCUGACCGGGUUGUUGUUCACUAUUCCGAAAAAAGUGCGUGAGUGUAUGCGAUCGGCGCGUGAUUUCCGCGUUUCAUGAGUCUGUAUGAGCUGUCCAGAAUCACACCCAUGUCGCCAUAUCAUUCGGCACCAUUCAGUGAAUGUUUGAUGUCUGCAAUAUUAAUACAUUUUUGC